CGCGUCACGGGACAGAGGAGGGUCUGUCUGCGCGCUCCCGUGCGUGCCCACCCCCUGUCUAUCCGUCCGCUGCUGCUGCUCUCGGUCUAUUCGCUGACUCAGUGCCUUACAGCAGCUUCACCAUCCACCUGAGCAGAGCCACAGCUUCCCCCUGCGGACAUCACCACAUCAGCCAUGGCCAAAACAGCGACCGCGUACAAAGAGAAGAUGAAGGAGCUGUCCAUGCUCUCCCUCAUCUGCUCCUGCUUCUACCCAGAGCCACGCAACAAGCUCAUGAGUGAGUUUGAAGAUAUGGAGGUGAAACCCAUAAACAAGCGGGCCUCGGGCCAGGCCUUUGAGGUGAUUCUCAAGCCUCCCUCUCCGGUGUCAGAAAUGGCCCACAACCUCCCCUCACCCCCCAAGAGAGACAUCUCUCUGGAGGACAUUGAGAAGAAACUGGAGGCUGCUGAGGAUCGGAGGAAGUACCAGGAGGCCCAGGUGCUGAGGGCCUUGGCAGAGAAGCGAGAGCACGAGAGGGACGUGCUGCUAAAGGCCAUGGAGGAGAACAGCAACUUCAGCAAGAUGGCCGAGGAGAAGCUCCAGAUGAAGAUGGACCAGAUCAAGGAGAACCGCGAAGCGCUUAUGAUGGCCAUGAUCGAGCGUCUACAGGAGAAGGAGAGACACGCAGCCGUGGUGCGCAGGAACAAAGAGAUGAGGGAGGAGCUGACGGCAUAAGGCCCCACACGAGUCCCGACGUCUGCGGUUCAUCUAUGUCUUCUCCAUCCAGUCCUUGUCCCCUUCCUCGCCCCUCCCCCCCGCCCUCACCCUCCACUGAACAGACACCCAACCAGGAGGCCGAGAGGUUCGAGGACCUCAUCACUACAUCACAACAAAACACAACACACCACCAGUACUCACUAUUAUCAGUAUUAUCUGUGGAUACAAACAUCUGUAACACCCAUCUUGAGAAUUGAAUGGAUUCGUGGAAAAAUGCAAGAAUAUGGCUUUUGAUUUGUAAAUAUUUUUUUUUCAGAUCUAUCUAUCUAUCUAUCUAUCUAUCUAUCUAUCUAUCUAUGAUGGUAGGUGAAGUACGUACAAAUACUGUACUGUACUGCGCUGUACAAUUUCAAACAUUUAGUUUGUCAUUGAUUAUUGUUUCAGUUCUUGAAAUUUCGAAACUCUACAACCAUUUUCUUGUGAAAGCCCUCGGUGUUGUGAGUUGACUGACAGUUGCAGUUCUUUCCUGAUGAUGUCAUGACGACGAUGAUGAUGAUGUUUCUGUGUUUAGUCUCUUUUUCUUUUGUGUGUGAAGAAUGACGGUCAGUGUUCGCAGGCUUACACAGUCCUCCAGAUAAGAUCGACGCAAUCCCAUCUGUAUCUUCCUCACGCACACCCUCUCAUUUACAACACGCACGCUUGGAACUUAAUACGCCAAAACCCACAGAUUGAUAAAGUCUCCACUUCCUCCGGAAUGAGCUCGAUGAUGGACGUGAGAGGUGCUUUAUUGUUAUUAAGAAUGUCGUUGCCCAAUGGGAGCAGCCGUUUAUACUCUUGCAGAUUCCCACGCCAUUCCUCGAUCGCUCCAUCUUCGGCUUAAUCAAAAAGCUCCGUGACGUACACAUAGUACUUUUAGGAUUAAUCUCAUGAAUGUUACGACACCAGACUGGUACCAUGCAUAGUGUCUUGGACAGUGGAAUGUGCUCCCACCUUGAUAUUGAUAGUGAGAACAUAGCGUUUGUCUGUGUGGGUGUAUGUGAAUGCGAAUUUACCAUGAGGCAUCUUUAGCGUCUGCUCUCUUUAGGGGAUUAGCUAGAGAAUGGACGCGGGAUGCUUUACACACAGCACACUGAACUAGUCUCUUUUUAAUAUACAGUACCACUGAUAUCUGCCUGCAUCCUCUGCUGCUUGUGUUUCUCCUUCGUAUAUUUCUCUGUGAAAGCUUUGCUGAAUAAAGGUUUGGGGUUCUGUGAACAUAGCAUGCACCAUCUAAUUAAUUUCUGAGCUAUUAGAGGAGGGGGAAAUGUAAACUGCCAAAUAAAAGAACCAGUUAUCUACACAUCCCGAGAA